UGUGUGCGUAUGUGUGUGUGUACGUGCGACAGACUCCAAAUGUAUCCGCCCUCAGCCUGUAGAUUUCCUCACAGCUCAGCCAAGACAUCUUGCAAUCUGUAGGAAGGAGUGCUCUGUUAUGUAAUCCGAAAUUUACUUUUUAGGGAAUUCCUAAAAUACCCAAACAAGUUCACCAACAAGGUGCAAUUGUUAGUAUUUGUGGUCAUUGUUUGAGCGUAAAAACGGCGUAAACUACGUAGAAAUGAGCAGUUUGAAGUGUCUGACGACGGUAAUCCUCUUCGGAUUGUGUGUCACACCGUCAGAAACAAGAAUUGGUCAGAAAUGCUCAACGAGAUAUGACUGUGUAUCAGGACCUGGAACAUUGACCUCCGAAGUCUGCACAGAUGAUUUUUGUACUUGUUCCAGCACAGCCGUUUUACAGCUUGAUGAAUAUUCCUUUGCUCCUGAGUGUGACACAUUCUUGUACUUAAAAACAGCGCAUUGUUCAAAUACACAUACCAUUGGAGUGAAGGAAUGUCCUCCAAAUAGCAAGUGUUUAAAAACAGGAAGAUGUCAUUGCAAUGAUGGGUAUGAGUUUGUUGGCAGUAAUUGUGUAAAAGUAUUGUACCAGAAAGUCAUGGAGCCCUGCCAUAUACAAAAUGGUUCUGCAUAUGUCUGUGACCUUAACCAACAUAGCUUUUGUGGAGAAAAGAAAUGUGUGUGCUUUGAUACUUAUCUCCCUAAUAUAAAAAGUGGGCGGUGUGAACCUGAAGCUGAUUUCCUGCGUGAUAAUAACCUUACGAAGUACGUGGUCCUACAUGGUGAAUAUUGCAAGAAGACCUCUCAUUGUACCGAAGGCUUAGAGUGUAGAAAUUAUGCGUGUUCCUGUCCCAGCCCCUGUAUAUACAAGAAAGAUAUGCUGGCAUGUGACUGUGGUGAAUCGGUAUCAUCAACAGGACCUUUGCUUGUUGGCAUACUCGGUGGUUUGAUAAUCAUAAUAUUUUGGACCUGGACAAUAAGGAAUACUUGGAGGAGACACACAAAAAAGCGGGUGUACCAGGAUAAUGCACCGGCAGCUCCAUCUGUUGAACCAAGUACAGCUUCAUAUCCUCUUGCUCCAGUUACAUCCUCUGGACCAACUGCCCCACUUUUGUCACAGGAAAAAGAGGACACUAUGGUUACUCCAGAUGAAACAGACUUUGGAAAAAUACCAGCAGAAUCUUACCCAUUGGUGCCACCUGCACAACCUUUUCAGAGCCCUGCCAACUCUCAGUACCCAUCAUCACAGGGUUUUCCUUCUAAUGCAUAUAAUGAUGCACCAGCAGCUCCAUUUGUUCAACCAAGUACAGCUUCAUAUCCUCUUGCUCCAGUUACAUCCUCUGAACCAACUGCCCCACUUUUGUCACAGGAAAAAGAGGGCACUGGGGUUACACCAGAUGAAACAGACUUUGGAAAAAUACCAGCAAAACCAGCAGAACCACCCACACAACCUUUAGGUUUUCAGACCCCUGCCAACUCUCAGUACCCAUCAUCACAGGGUUUUCCUUCUAAUGCAUAUAAUGAUGCCUACUUACCUGAUGUUUCAGCACCCCCUGCUGAAGCAUCUGCAGAUCCUUCAGCCCCAUUAUGGCCUCCUAUUCUCCCACCUCCACCAUAUUCAGCCACUACACAUAAUCCACCAUAUGCACCUUCAUCCUCACCUCCUCCAUAUCCUGCUGACAUGCCUGCACAUCCUCCUUCAUCCUUGCCUCCUUCAUACCCUUCAUAAACACCUUCAGCCCCAUAUCCUCUUAAUCCUUAAAUGGCAUCACAGCUUGAUGCUCUGUCCUGUAACUGAGGUGACAGUGAUUUACUUUUUUUCUAGAAUAAAAGAAGAAAAAAGAGAGAAAAGACAUUUUAUAUAUGGUAAAAAUUGAGUUUUAAGUGUACUUUAUCCUGCUGUAAUAUAGUAACAUGACACUGGACCACAUAGCCUUCUAUAUUGGAAGAACCUAUACAUAAACUUGGAACAACAGAAUUGUGUUUUUUCUCCCCUAAUUCUGUUGUCUUUCAUGUUUUGGGGACUAUGUCUUUAAACUAUGCUUCUAAACCAUGCAUUUCCUAAUAAAUUGCUUUAAGUGAUUGUAUCAAAAUAAAGAAAUGUAGCUAAAUAUUAUUGACUAAGGAAAGAAAAAGCGGUAUCACCUUGGAUUCUGUAAUACUCCAACGUGCCAAGUCUGUUUUUUACUCUUAUUAUUUUACAAUUAAUACUUACUUUACAUGUUUUGUAGUUUUAAACAUAUAUGAUAUUAAAUCUAUCUAUCUAUCUAUCUAUCUAUCUCUAUAUAUAAUUAUAUAUAUAUAUAUAUAUAUAUAUAUAUAUAUAUAUAUAUAUAUAUAUAUAUAUAUAUAUAUAUAUAUAUGUAUGUAUAUUGCAGAUAAAAAUGUUCUGACUUCAACACUCAUUUUUUCUCCAAAGAAAAGAUGAGUGUUGGCUAUUCCUCAAUCCAACACAAGACUGUAUGGAGUAUGAUUAUAUAUAGAAUUGGAACUGUUUUUAGAAAUUUAUCCUGUCACUGCUGGGAGGACAUGUACAUACAUGCCCAGUCCAUUGUAAUUUUAGCUUUUAAAUUCUAUUUGCUCACAGAGAACAACAGAAUUGCUUAUUCAAUAAUAAGUCAGUUACUAGGCCUACCAGAUCUGACCUGAUGAAAAUAAUAUUAGAAAGGAAAUAUCAUAGAUUUAAGAAAUUAUCAGGUGAAGCCAACUAACUAACUCCUAGGUGAUUAAGCUUUUGUGGAGUUAUCUGUAUGUAAUUAAAAUUCACAAAACAAAACUGCAGAGGACAGUGAGUUAAUGUAUAAAUAUUAUUGAGAUUAUAGGUAUUUAGGUAUAGGGUGUCCACUCUGAAAGCUGACAGUGAAGUAAAUAUUCUGUGUAAUAAUCAUUAUUAUUUAAUAAAGAGAAACCUGCAUGUACCAAUGAGUCAGAGGUGGAGAAAGAAGAGUUAAUUGUAUGUUUCAGAUAAUAUAUUGGUAUUAGUGAUUAAGGUGUUAGUGAAACUAUAGAGCUGUGUAAAGGGCUCUUUAUUCAUUAGCACAGUAAUUGAUAUUACUACUCAUUGAUCUAAUAAAUCAAUUGUAUUCACCUAUCCCCACACACACAAAGACAAAGAUGCAUACAUACAGGAAGUCACCCACAAACAUAAGUAAGUAAUAGUCAUCAGAGUUAUUUCUCUUUGUAUUCUACUUCAUUUUUGGGGUCUGCACUGUCAGGCAUGCUGUGCUCUCACUUGGCAAACUCUGUCUGGCAUGCUAGUAGUAUUGUCAAUAUUGCCGAGUAAGAGGUUGUUGGGCAGUCAUAAAAUGCAAUAGCCAGUGUGUGGCUGGUAAGCCAAUGGUUCAUAUAACUAUAUUCUAGACUCAAUGCUUUGUACCUGACAUCAGACCAGCUGUUAGUGUCUGGUGAUUUAUCUCACCUAAGGGCAGAGGUAGUCUUCGUUUUAUUUAUCAGCAUUGUCACAAAUUGGCUUAUGAUAUACUUAUCAAUCUAGUCCAUCAAAGUACCUGAAAGUACUGACAGUGCCAAAGGAGGCAUAAUCUCUCUUUAGGAUAUACUUCUUUCAGAUAUAUAGUACAUUGUGUGCUGACUGCAUUAUACCUGCAUUUUCUCCUCUUUUGGUGAAAUAAAUGGAGAUUGUAAAUAUCAGCAUGUAUAUAUGGUGAUGUGAUAUGUAUAUGUGCCUGUCCACAGGUAGUAAGGCAUUUUGUUUUGCUUAGGACAUAUUUUAUCAGGAAAAAGAAACCUCAGGCAUCUCACAGACCUGGCUUUGCCAUUUAAUGUACAUAAACCAUUUUAAAAUCAGAAGAAUUUGGCCUUUCUUAUGUGUAUGGGUGUGUCUUUAUGUAGAUAGCAGGCUUGCCUUAUAGCUAUAUGUGCCUUUUUCUGUGAUGAUAGGCCAGAGCAUCCUCAGCCAGUCAGAACCAGAAAUGGCCUGUGUAUGUCCCAGAAGACUGGCAGAUGAAAAUUACAUAAUACUGUGCCCUCAAAAUCCCUUCUCAAAUGACAAGCACAGUUCAUUUUAAUAAUGAGAACUCAUUUGUUAAAUAUGCCACUGCCUUGGCUCUGUCUGUCUUGGGUUCUGUGCCAAGUCCAGGUGAGAUCACUGUUGAUGUUAGUUGAUGUCCCUCAAGGCCUUACCCUCAAAUAGGUGAAUCUGUGACUUAAAAUCAGCUCAUUAAUAUUUUGAAAAUGUAUAUUUAUAGUUGUAGACUGUUUCUAAGCUAUAGUGCUUCCUAAAGUAUUUCCAUUUUCCUAUAAUAACUUAAGAAUAUAUUUGCCUAUGAACUGUGCCUUUAUUUUUUUCCUCCAGAUAUUAAUGUUUAUAUUGUUUUUGUUAUUUUUGAAAAAAAAGUUUUAUUAUCAAACGUUUAUAUGAAUACAUACAUCCUGAAU